CCAGGCUUGCGCUGCGAGGGCCCCUUCUUGAGGACAGGAUGAGAGAGGUUCGAUCGUUCCCGGCUGUCCCCUCCCGGGAGGGACAUGACUCCAUCAGGGUUCGCAGGCCCCCACAGCCUCAGCCUCCUGAGUGGCCCCGCGGCCAGCCUCUUCGUCUUUAGUCACCGUUGUGCUUUCCUCGCCACGUUGGAGCGUUGGAAAUAUCUUCGGACUCUCAGUGCGUUGGUAGUAAGGGGACGCACUGUCAACAACAGACGCCACAGCGCUCUUGGCUGCGAAUCCAUCCUCGCUUCCCUGGGUUCGGUUUUGUUGGCCAAAGGCUCCACUUCAGCUUUACACCUGUACAUUCAGCCAAAUCCCACUCCACCAAGCUCUACUCCAGGAAGUGAAAAUGUGCUGCCUCGAGAGCCUCUGAUUGCCACAGCAGUGAAGUUUCUACAGAAUUCCCGGGUCCGCCAGAGCCCACUUGCAACCAGGAGAUCAUUCCUCAAGAAGAAAGGGCUGACAGAUGAAGAGAUUGAUGUGGCUUUCCAGCAGUCGGGCACUGCUGUCGACGAGCCAUCGUCUUUGGGCCCAGCCACACAGGUGGUUCCUGUCCAGCCCCCUCACCUCACUUCGCAGCCAUACAGCCCUGCAGGUUCCCGAUGGCGAGACUAUGGCGCCUUGGCUGUCAUCAUGGCAGGAAUUGCAUUUGGCUUUCACCAGCUCUACAAGAAAUACCUGCUCCCCCUCAUCCUGGGUGGCCGAGAGGACAGGAAGCAGCUGGAGCGGAUGGAGGCCAGUCUCUCCGAGCUGAGUGGCAGCGUGGCCCAGACAGUGACUCAGUUGCAGACGACUCUGGCCUCAGUGCAGGAGCUGCUGAUCCAGCAGCAGCAGAAGGUGCAGGAGCUUGCCCACGAGCUGGCUUCCGCCAAGGCCACCACGUCUACCAACUGGAUCCUCGAGUCCCAGAAUAUCAACGAACUCAAGUCGGAAAUUAACUCCCUGAAAGGGCUUCUUUUAAAUCGGAGGCAGUUCCCGCCAUCACCGUCAGCCCCGAAGAUCCCCUCCUGGCAGAUCCCGGUCAAGUCACCGUCCCCUUCUAGCCCCGCGGCCGUGAACCACCACAGCAGCAGCGACAUCUCGCCCGUCAGCAAUGAGUCCACGUCAUCCUCACCUGGGAAGGAGAGCCACAGCCCCGAGGGCUCCACGGUCACCUACCACCUGCUGGGCCCCCAGGAGGAAGGCGCGGGCGUGGUGGACGUCAAGGGCCAGGUGAGGAUGGAGGUGCAGGGCGAGGAGGACGAGGACGACGACGUGAGCCGCGUGGACGAGGAGGACUGCCUGGGGGUGCAGAGGGAGGACCGGAGGGGUGGGGACGGGCAGAUCAACGAGCAGGUGGAGAAGCUGCGGCGGCCCGAGGGCGCCAGCACCGAGGGCGAGCGGGACUAGGGGCGUCGCCCCACCCGUAGGCACAGGGCUCAGCCCUGCUCCUGUGGCUCUGGGAGGGUGGCAUGGAGCCCAAGAAGGGGACAGCACCGUCAGCUGCGCUGCGGCCC